UUUGUUUCCAGAAAUAUCCACCAUAAAGAUAAAUAAAGAACUUCGUACAACAUAUAAGUUUGUUGACAAAUAUACUAGUUUUUUAAAUUGAAUCUUGCAAUCCGCGCAACGAAUUUUAAUUUUUUUAAUGGAUUUCUUACUAAGAGAUUAUAUAUAACGAUAAUUUAAUAUUUCACUUAAAAGAUUUUCAUAUUUUCAAAAUGCCCCGAACUUUACACGCCGAGACAGUUCUAGGACAGUCUCUCUUCCAAAAAAUAAGUAACUGUCGCGUACUAAUGGUUGGAGCCGGUGGCAUCGGCUGCGAGUUAUUAAAAAAUUUGGCAAUGUCUGGUUUUCGUCAGAUCGAACUGGUUGAUCUGGAUACAAUAGACCUUUCAAAUUUAAAUCGGCAAUUUUUAUUUCAAAAGCAGCAUAUUAUGAAGUCUAAGGCAGAAGUCGCGCGUGAAUCCGCGUUAAAAUUUAACCCUAAUAUAAAUAUUAUUGCGCACCAUGCUAAUAUCAAAAGCCCUCGUUUUAACGUUGAAUGGUUUAAAAGUUUCGAUAUUGUAAUGAACGCGUUAGACAAUCUUGAUGCUAGACGUCAUGUAAAUAUGAUGUGUUUAGUUGCCAAUGUACCAUUAAUUGAAUCUGGUACGGAAGGAUAUUUGGGUCAAGUUACUGCCAUUAAAAAGGAUGAAACCGAAUGUUAUGAUUGUCAACCUAAACCAGUAAGAAGAACAUACCCAGUAUGUACAAUUCGAAGCACUCCCAGCCAACCUAUUCAUUGUAUCGUGUGGGCUAAAAGCUAUCUUUUUAGUCAGUUAUUUGGAUUACCUGAAGAUGAUGAUGAUGAACGGUUAGAAGCAGAAAUGACUCAAGAAAACGUAAAAGAAAUAGAAAAUCUUAAGAAAGAAACGCAAGCGUUAAAGCAAAUUAGAGAAGCAAUGGGAACGGCUGAUUAUCCUCAGAAGGUUUUUAAAAAGGUUUUUACAGAUGAUAUAAAUCGUUUGCUCAGUAUGGAAGAUAUGUGGCAAAACAGAAAAUCUCCUGUGGCAUUAAAAUAUGAAGAAAUAGAAAAACUAGUUACAGAAGGUAACUCACAGUUAAAUAACACGGAAGAAUCUAAUACAUUAAAAGACCAACGUGUAUGGAGUUUAGCGGAAAACUUCGUUGUAUUCUUAGACAGUGUUCGACGACUGAGCGAAAAAUUGAUGAAAGAACAAGCAAAUAACCCAAAUGCUUCUCUUUCAUUUGAUAAGGAUGACCCUGAUUCUUUGGAUUUUGUAACAGCAACAUCCAAUCUACGGUCAAUUAUCUUUGAUAUUGAACCAAAAUCACAAUUUAAAGUUAAAGAAAUGGCUGGUAAUAUCAUUCCAGCUAUUGCAACAACCAAUGCAAUAAUUGCAGGAAUGAUUGUGAUGCAAUCAUUUAAAAUACUUAAUGAAAAACUGAAUGAGUGUAAAACUAUAUUUUUUGACGGUUCAAGACGACCACAAAUCUUUCUUUCUGAAUCAUUAAAUCCACCAAAUCCAGAAUGUCGCGUUUGCAACAAUACACAUAUUAUUUUGAAAGUAAACACCAAAAAGGCAACUUUACGUGAUUUUCUCGAUAAAGUUAUUCACGGACGAAAUGAUGAUAUGGAUAUUGGUGAAGUUAUAGUAGAAGAGGGAGGAAGGAUUAUAUAUGAUGUUGAGUAUGAUGACAAUCUUGAUGCUACUUUUGAGCAACUUCAAAUUACUGAUGGUAAAUUAGUUUCGGUAAAGCCGGAUGAUGAUAUUGACGAACAAAAUUCGUCCAUUUUUGCUAUUUCUCAUAGAGAUUUUGAAACGCCUAAUACAUGGUUUCAAGUUGAUGGUGAACCUUUUGCUACUAGAAACAAGAUUUCUGUCACAAAAUCUAAUUCAUUUUCUAAACAAAAAAGGAAGCUGGAAGAAUCCGAAGUUGAUACUUUUGAAGGAUUAUCCCGUAAACGUCCUGCAAUGAACGAGGAGAUUUUAGUGGAAGACGAUGAUAUUAUAGUUACAGAUAGUGGAACUCAAAAACUUAUUGUCAUUGAUUAGUUUGUCAUCUUUCAUCUAAUAAAGCAAUGUUAAGAAAAGUGUCUAUAAUUUAAAUUAUUACAAAACCUUAAAUGUUUAUUAAAUUAUAUAUAUAAAACGUAUUUACAACAUCAAAUUUAAUCUAUAAAAGUAAAAAUAUAUUCAAGAAAUAUUUGUAAAUAAAUAUUGAUAUAAUACAAAAAGAAAGAAAAUUCUAAUUCUAAA